AUGAAGGGAAAAAUAAGACAGAUCACGCAUGCGCAGCCGGGGAUCAGACCACGAAAAACAACCAACUAUAAUUGGGCAGGGAGGGUUCUGGGGAGAAAUACUCGAUUCGAUGGAAAAUUGACAAGGGAGCAAGCAGUUCAGCAUUCUGAGCCCUGGGUAGCGCGUCCGCAGGAGAGCAAGGCCCAGGGUCCCCAGGGCAUUGGAGGGGCAGUGGUUCCUGCUGCUGGAAACCAAGGAAAUGUAGGACGCAAGGCCGGUGAAACGGUACCUGAAGGAAAACCAGUUCUACAGAUCACGGACUGGCCAAUCGGGUACAGCGGAGACUCUCCAUUUGAGAAAUCUGUAUUCUCGAAGAUAUUUCUCCCAGACCAGACAGACGUGCAAAUGGAGUAUUGUAAUGCCGAGCAAUUGUCAUGUGACCGCCAACCGGGAUCAAGCUUUGCCAAGGAACAGCAAUCAGGUGAUAGACCCACUAUGCUUCAUCAGGAAGCUUUCGCCAGGGGUCUUGAUCUAUUUUAA